AUGAAGAUUGGCGUGGAAACGGAUGUCGAGGUUGAUACCGACAGGAUAUAUUCGCAACUACAGGCAUUUUGGGACCUCGAGCAUCUAGGCAUCACGGACCAGUGUUCAACGUCCAGUUCCUACACUGACCCCAUUCUUCAAGAGUUUAGCACUUCAGCAUGCCUACAGAACGGGCGAUAUAUGGUCCGUCUCCCCUGGAACCUGGAGAAGCGUCACAUGCUGUGCAAUAACAAGGUACUCGCGUUCCGACGGUUGAGUUACACCACCAAGAAGCUGCUACCGGAUCCCAGUUUAAUGGAAGAGUACGACUCUACGAUUCGUCAAUAUCUGCUAAAUGGACAUGCGGAGCGCGUACUUGAGACGGAGAACACCGGUGGAGGGCCUAUAUAUUACAUGCCUCAUCAUGCUGUCAUACGAAGAGAUCGGGAGACGACUAAAGUACGCAUUGUAUUCGACGCUUCGUCAAAGUCAUCUGGUGCAAUCUCUUUAAAUGAAGCUCUUCACGCUGGACCCAACUUGAACCCGGAUGUUCUACACUUGCUUCUUCAGUUCAGGGCAUAUCAAAUAGCUCUUACAGCUGACGUCGAAAAAGCAUUUUUACAGAUCGUACUCGAUCCACAGGAUCGCGAUUCUUUGCGCUUUCUUUGGUACGCCACUGCGCCGAAGGCAGACGAGGCUUUGCCUCCUAUUGAGACUUGGAGAAUGAUGCGGGUACCGUUCGGCGCAAAGUCCAGCCCGUUUUUGUUGGCCGCCACUAUCCGACAUCAUUUGCAAUCUGUGGUUUCACGAUAUCCUCGAACGGCUUCUCUUCUAUCAAGUCACUUUUAUGUGGAUGACCUGGUUGUCGGCGUGGAUUCCGUUGACGAAGGAAAUACGCUCUACCGUGAAUCGCGUGACAUCCUUAUUGAAGCAGGGAUGAAGCUCGUCAAAUGGACCAGCAACGACAGCACCCUGUGGAAGUUAUUUCAAGCGGAAGGCACUGCUUCAUCAUCCACCACUUCCCUUAAAAAGGUGCUCGGACUCAAUUGGGAUAUCGACUCUGAUGAGAUACAGCUCUCCAUGAAAUCAUUAUCCGAUUUUCUGGAACGUCCGGUUGACACUAAGCGUUACGUGCUUCAGGCUGUUUCUCGGAUUUUUGAUCCUCUGGGCUACGUGGCGCCGUUCGUCAUUACGGCCAAGAUCCUACUGCAAGGCAUCUGGCUUGCUAAGCUUCAGUGGGACGAUCUCCUUCCUGACAACAUAAGGUCUGUAUGGAGUAAUUGGUGUCAAGAGGUGCUUACGCUGGCUCGUUUCCGGCUACCUCGGAAGCUAACAGGUGCCACAGCUCCGUUGACGGAGGUUGCGAGGAGUCUGCAUGUUUUCGGCGAUGCCAGCACCAAGGCCUACGGAGCAGCUGUUUACUUGGUUUCUCAACGUGGCGAAGGCCUAUUGGAAGCAUGUCUUUUGCUGGCCAAAACCAGAGUCGCCCCGGUGAAAGCAAUGUCCCUCCCACGCCUCGAGUUGAUGGGCGCCGUUCUAGCCUCACGACUGCUUGGUUUGUGGCACGGAGUGUUGAAUGUUAUGUCACCAGAACUGCUCUUCGGAACACCAUCGGUAUCACCGCUCGAGAAUCACCGCAACUUUCAAUUCCAAAAACGCAAGCUUCCGUCUCAGCUGGGAGGUAUCCAGUGGGGUUGCAGUCAGUAA